ACAGCAAGUUAUCUAACUGUAGAAUCAUGCACAGGUGUUUUUUUUGGACAACAUCAAGAAUGAAUUGCACCAGGAUCCCAAGCCCUUUCUGAUCCCAAGACUCAGUCGAUACACGUUUAAACGAAUAACUGAUCUGCUAGGAGAUGAUUAUGAAAAAAUAAAUUUUAAGAGUUGGGAAGACACCUGCUAUGCAAACAGAGGAAGUGUAGAAGAGUACACAGAGCCCACGGCAAAGAAAGCAGGCAAAAAGAGGAAAGAAGCACCCCCGGCAAUAGGACAAGGACAGGAAAAGGCAGCACACAUGAAAAAAGCGGACAAAAAGUCCAAGGUAGAUGUGGCUAGAGGGUCCAAGGAUUCGAGAGACUGCCAUCAUGAUCGCUUGCUUGCUGAUCUAACCUCCAGGGAUCGAGCUCAACUCUACCAAGAGCAUGUUUUGGAUAGAACCAGGGACACAGUAAAAUUAGAUAUACUGGACCAUGUAGUGGUAGAAGAAGUUUUUGUAGAAUGCUUCAAGCCCGGCGGAUAUAUGCACUCAAACAUUUUCUUCUUACAAUCUCUAUUGUGGAAUAGAGUGUGGAAGGGCAAAUAUAUUUUAUCUGAACAGGCAUCUGGCGAGUUGUUGCGACCGCGACAUGGAACAAAAAGGUUAGAUCAGGAGCUUGGAUUGCAUUAUGGUGAGGAAGCUCUGAUAUUUAUCCCAAUUGUUCAUGAUUAUCAUUGGUUCUUGAUCGCGAUCUCUGUCAAGGACAGGAUCAUCCAUGUUCUUGAUUCAUUGCCUGGCGAAUCCAGAGAGUCACUGAUUUGUCAAAUUAUAAAAACACUAAAGGAGCAUUUGCCACAAUCAAAUGCUGGAUCUAAGUACAAGAUCGACGUAGUGCCAGUUCAGAAACAAAGCAACACGUAUGACUGUGGUUUCCACGUGUUGCUCUUCAUAGAAAACUUUGAGAGGAGAUACCAAAUAUGUAACAUAAACAAGGAAAUGGUGGAUGAAUAUCGCAUCAAAAUGUCCACGGAUCUCAUCCUGAACCCUCUCAACAAAAGACAAACAAUCAUAACUCAAUCUAUUGAAGAUGAUGUGGUCAUUUGCUUGGAAGGUGGUUUCUCAUAUAACAAGAAUGCUUUUGAAGCUGCUCUUGACAACGAUGAAGCCAAAGAUUUGGAUGACAACUCAGAUUUCAGCAGUCCUUAUAACAUAGAUCGCGGCAGUGAGAAGGCUGCUGCUGCUGGCAGCGAGAAGGCUGCUGCUGCUGGUACACCAACAUCUCCCAGGGCCUCGGUCGACACACCUGAUGUGUCGAAUGAUCUGCUCCAUCCACCGGAGACGACUCAGGAGGAUGCCUCAGAUUUCAGCACUUAUGCUUUUGAAGCUGCUCUUGACAACGAUGAAGCCAAAGAUUUGGAUGACAACUCAGAUUUCAGCAGUCCUUAUAACAUAGAUCGCGGCAGUGAGAAGGCUGCUGCUGCUGGCAGCGAGAAGGCUGCUGCUGCUGGUACACCAACAUCUCCCAGGGCCUCGGUCGACACACCUGAUGUGUCGAAUGAUCUGCUCCAUCCACCGGAGACGACUCAGGAGGAUGCCUCACUCCAUCCGACGCAGCAGAUUCAGGAGGAGGAUCUGGAGACACCCGUCGCUCCGGUCAGACCCCGCAGAGUGGUUCGCCCCCUCAAGAGGUUGACUUACUCUAAGAAGCAGAUUCGUCGUCGUAGGAAGUAUAACAAGACCAGCAGGCGAGGCCGUAAGGUUUCCUUGUCCAAAACUCCAAAUGACCACAUCCAAAAUCAAGAUGACUUGGAGGAAGUAAGUGAACACUAUGACCUGAGAAUUGAAGACCUGAACACUAUGACCUGAGAAUUGAAGACCUGAAACACUUCAUCUCUGGGGUUUGCAACCAAUAGAAACCAAUGUCUUCCUUCGGGCUCAAUAUUAACUCGAACAGGGAAAAAUAUUGUAGGCAAAUCGUGCCCCACUGCGUCCUAUUCUUGUAUGUAGAAUGUGCUAUUCCGUGAACCUGAACGUACUAAUAUGAACCACGCCGACUAUCAAGGGAAUAGGUCACUAAAUACUAACUAAUUCAAGUAUCUUUCAAUUUCUAUUCAAA